AUGGGAUGGAAAAUAAUUGAGACACCUCUAUCCUGUCAAAUAAGGGGUAAAAUUAGCAUUUUAAAAAUUUUAAACCCUUCAUUUUCUGAGGCGGUUGAUCGUCUUGCUUCCCACUCUUACUUAUCUCACUUUGUCUCGUGUCUCUCAAUUCUGUGUCUCGCGCGAAGAACGGAGUCGGACGACGGCGUCUUCUUCAUUCUCAGCGUCGACUUUCUUUUUCAUUCUUCAUCUUCUUUCCUACAAGAGUUGCCCGCUAAAUUAGAACAGGCUCAAUUUAAGUUAAGGGAGGUAGAGGAUGAUUUGGGCAAAACACUGGGAGUGAAGACUCGCAAUGAGGCCAAGUGUAUUUCUCUGAUGGAUGCUAUUGAUUCCACAAACACUAGGGUUGAAGAUAUGAAGGAUAUGAAGAAUAGUGUUCAGGAGCAAAGAACCAUGAAUUGUGAAUAUGCUGCAAUUUUAUCUCAGCAUAUUGUAGUGUUUUUGUUGCAUGAAUGACUUGGGGCGACGUUGAAUUGUUGUAUUUUAUUUCUUGUUUAUAUAUAUAUAUAUAUAUUAUUUUU